ACACACACACUGGUGCUGGGAUUACAAACACGCGCUACUCACAAACACACACACAGAUGCGUGUUAAAGCCGCUGAAUGCGACUCGGUGCGAUUCGGAUACGACUGGAUUUCCGUGUCGGAUUUGUGCACGCGGGAGCUGAGAGCGCGCGCGGGAUGGUCUCGCGCUCUCCCUGUGGAAUAGAUGGGGUCUCGCGCUGACGCUGCGUGUUUUGGUAACGCGUACGGAACUCCGGACUGAAAGGAGACUUUUCUUUCUUCGUCUUUUUGUUUUUUCUAGUACUUUCGGAGCGCCACCAAGAUACAUAAUUGUGUUUGUGAAAUACAAUUUUGGCGAAAAAACACACCGUUUGGUUAAAAAAUGGACCUUAACAAGGUCUCCGAGUGCUUGUUUUGGCAUGGGAUGCUAAGCUAGCUGCUAAAAAGCAAGCCGCACGAGUGCGUUUUAUAUUGUUUUUAUUUUUUUAAUUAUAUAUUUUUUUGUCUCAAUGGAGGAAAAAGUUGCUUUUCUUUAAUCUUUUUCAAUUUCGAUUUUUGUGCAGUACUGAAAAAUAAAUAAGUAAAUAAAUAAAAGGAGCAAGCAAACAAACCCCAGCACAUAUACUUUUUUUUAUUUAAAAAAAACCCAAAACAUGGCAAGUCCAUCUACAGAUAAGGCUUGUUUUUCGGACGUGAGAAAGGUGGGUUAUUUAAGGAAACCCAAAAGCAUGCACAAAAGGUUUUUUGUUCUCCGAGCUGCAAGCGAUACCGGAACGUCCAGGUUGGAGUACUAUGAAAAUGAGAAAAAAUGGAGACACAAAUCCGGGGCUCCGAAAAGAUCAAUUCCACUCGAGACAUGUUUCAAUAUCAACAAAAGGGCGGAUUCCAAAAACAAACACCUUGUCGCGCUUUACACCAAGGACGAAUACUUUGCGGUCGCAGCGGACAAUGAGCUGGAGCAGGACGCGUGGUACGAAGCUCUCGUAGACCUCCACAACCAAGGAAAGGUCCACGAAAGUGCCAGGAGUAAUGGGGUCGGAGAUGACAGUUACGGAGAGACUGCUACACCCGGGCCAGCCUUCAAAGAAGUAUGGCAAGUUAUACUGAAACCAAAGGGACUUGGACAGAUCAAAAACCUAAUUGGAGUUUACAGACUUUGCCUCACAAAUAAGACUUUGGGUUUUGUUAAACUUAAUUCCGAUGCUGCGGCGGUCGUUUUGCAGCUGAUGAACAUCCGGAGGUGUGGGCACUCUGAAAAUUUCUUUUUCAUUGAAGUCGGGAGGUCUGCGGUCACGGGGCCCGGCGAGUUUUGGAUGCAGGUUGACGACUCGGUUGUGGCUCAGAACAUGCACGAAACUAUUUUGGAGGCUAUGAAAGCUAUGAGUGAAGAAUUUCGGCCCCGGAGCAAAAGCCAGUCCUCUUCCAACUGCUCCAAUCCCAUUUCCGUGCCAGUAAGGACGAGGCAUCAUCACAACAACCCUCCUCCGAGUCAGGUCGGGUUGGGAAGGCGCAUGAGGGCCGAAAGUGUGACUGCUACGUCUCCAGCCGGCCCAGGGAGACACAGUCAUUCGUUCAGAGUUAGGGCAUCGAGUGAUGGAGAAGGGACUAUGUCAAGGCCAGCGUCAGUAGACGGGAGCCCUAGUAGCCCAAGAUCUUCUAGGCUGCAGUCGCAAAGGCACAGGGGUAGAUCUAGGCUGCAUCCUCCACUAAACCAUAGCAGGUCCAUCCCUACGCCAUCAUCGCGAUAUUCUCCGUCAGCUGUCAGCCCUAUAAGUCUGUCCUCCAGCAGCACUAGUGGACACGGGUCAACUUCUGAUAGUCUUUUCCCUCGACGAUCCAGUGCCUCAAUAUCAGGGUCACCUAGUGAUGGUGGUUUCAUCUCCUCUGAUGAAUACGGUUCCAGUCCAUGUGAUUUUCGAAGCUCCUUCCGGAGCGUGACCCCUGACUCGCUUGGACAUACCCCUCCUGCCAAAGAAGAAGAACUGAAUAACUACAUAUGUAUGAGCAAGCCUGGUUCACUGACUAGUACAGGGAGCCAGUCCAGAGUAACUCCUUCUCACAUGGAUGAGUCAGACUUGGAGAAAUGUUUUAGAAAAAGGACACAUUCAUCUGGCACCCUGUCACCCCCAGCUACAUGCCACCAAACAACACCUUCACAGGACGAAUACGCUGUAAUGACGCCAACGUAUAAUCGCAGCUGCUCUGUAUCAUCGUCUUCGCCAUCAAUAUGCCGGAACUUGUCUACAAAUUCCUAUCCUGAAGAAUGCUUGGACAUGCCAACGGCGGAAGGUGGCAGGGAGUCCAGUCACAAGGACGACGGCUACAUGCCAAUGUCACCCGGUGUAGCCUCUGCAGCGGUUACUGGAACCAGCGGAGACUACAUGCCUAUGAGUCCAAAAAGUGUUUCGGCACCUCAGCAGAUUAUCAAUCCUCGUCUGCAUUCACGAGUGGACUCCAAUGGCUACAUGAUGAUGUCACCAAGCGGUAGCUGUUCCCCAGAUGUUUCCACAAACUACAGAAAGAUCUGGACCAACAGCAUGAACCCUACACUGUCUGUCGAGAGCACAGAGGGGAAAGUGUCUUCAUGUGGAGACUAUAUAAACAUGUCGCCUGCUAGCGGCUCAACGACUGGUACCCCACCAGACUGCUACUUUAACCCUGUAGACGAGCUGUCCAGGCCAGCUUACGCAUACUACUCUUUACCCCGUUCUUUUAAGCACACUAGCAGGAAGCAGGACCAGAGCCCCUUGCAGAUGUCACUUGGCAGCAGUCGCUUGGUUUGCGCCGAUUCUUCCUCGUCCUCGGCUAGCAGUGAUAGUUUGGGUGGUCAGUCUAAUUCACAACAGCCUUCUGUCAGGCCCAAAAGGUUAGAGGUCAACUCUCGGAUGGUACGACCAACAAGACUGUCGUUGGAUGCUAACAGAGCUAGCACACUUCCACGAAUGCGCGAAAACCCUUUCCCAGGCGAGCCCAAAAGUCCGGGAGAGUAUGUCAACAUCGAGUUCAACGACAAAGCGUUUUCAGCCAGCAUAGCAUCGCUGUUUUCAUCUGAAUACGUUGGGAACGGAGCUGACGUUCCGGCAGAGCCAGCUUCUUCUGAUUACAUGAACAUGCAGCUCGUUUCACAAUCUAGAUCGGCAUCUCGUUCCCCUGUUCACGCCACUUCUAGUCCAUCAGAAACCCUAGCCUCCUCCCCUCACCUGCCAUGUGAAACCAUACGUGAACGUGACUACAUGAGUAUGCAACUGAGCUCUUACUCUGCAGCCUAUCCUGAUUCCCAGACAAUACUCAUAAACGCUUCGUCACAAGACCCGGAUGUCCUGGUCUGCUCUGCGUCACACAACGAUAACAUCUCGACAUUAGGUGCAGGCCCAGGGAGGUCAAUGCUUAUCGGUCCUUUGGCAGAUCUCAGUGCCUUCUCGCGGGUUAACCUGACCCAAAUGACAGACCAGGGUGCCAAAGUGAUCCGGGUCGACCCUCAAGGCAGGAGGCGGCACAGUUCGGAAACAUUUGCCUCCACGACGACCGUAAACACAGCGACGGGUUUUCAGUCGGAAGACGUCAAACGCCACAGCUCCGCUUCAUUUGAGAACGUUUGGCUGAAGCCUGUUGAGACCUCGGGCACUGCUGCUUCACCUCCUUCUCCUCCUGCCGCUGCUGGAACAGCAUCCAGUUUUGACCCUUCCAACCAAAAUGGGCUGAACUACAUCGAUCUGGAUUUGGCUCAAAACCGAGAGCCGCUUGUUCCGGAUUGGAGCUCGAGCUUACAGACCCGGCAGGUGGACCUCGACGCGGCCGGGGUGGCAGAGGAAUCAAGUGCCUAUGCCAGCAUAAACUUUCCGAAAGCAGAUGACAACAGGGGCAAUCUCACUUUUAGAGAAGAAUGAAAAGCAGCUACACCUCACCUACCCAUCAAGUCCUCUCUCCCCCUCUCUCUCUCUCUCUCUCUCUCUCUGUCUCUCAUCUUGCAAUAAACCGAACUCCAGAACUCACCAAUACUCCGUCAGCCUGAUCAAGCCUCGUCGGACCUCAUCUCCUACUCGUCAUCUGUAACUCUGCCCUCACGCUGCUGCACACUCGGACCUUCCAGAAUGCUGGCCUUCACAUAACUGCAGUUCUCAUGAAACCUGAAGUUCUCAGGGUCUGGGGUCACAUGGUUAAAACUCAGAGCGAUGGUACUGAUCUAGAAUGAUACACGAAUGCAUGGUGCGAUUAUUAUUAUUAUUAUUAUAGUGAAUAUUGUAUUAACUUUUUAAGAAAAAACUAAUUGUAAUUUAUUAACAAAAUUUUUUUUAUAUCAGUUUAUAAUUCUGUUAAAAGUCAGCUUCUCUUAUUUUACUUUUUUUUUUUUUACUUCGUAGCAGAAAAUUAACCGACUCCGGAAGUGGAGACUCCUUCCUAGGAAAUGUUAAACGUCUCCAUAGCGAAAGCGCCGUAACACCUUUCACCCCAAUCAGAUCAGAGAAUUCAACAGCUGAUCUUGGAUCAGUACUUCGCUUGAGAUUUUACUCGUCUGACUUCACCAUUUAGACCUCGUCACUCAGUAGUUCUUCCUUAUUGUUCACCACAAUGUGGUACAAACGUUCAGUAAACAGCAGUACAGGA